CAGUAGUGAGUGGAGUCGGAUCUAUGUAGUUUAAGCCGAAUAAAAUGCAGGUCUAAACAGAGCUCCACAGGUCAGGUUGCCUUUGGGAAGAAAGUCACACGUCUUCACAAUGGGGUCCAGUGCUCCAUUUGUUUUUGCUAUGGUGCUGUAUGUGAUCGGUCUCCAGGUUGAAGCUAAACAACUGCCUUGGCCUUAUCAUGAGGGGGAAGACCAUUCUGCUUUUUCUGACUGGCCAACAGCAUAUGAUUCAGUAGGGGAGGCCCAAGUUGGGAAUUCUUUUGGUAGCUCCUGGUCACAAGGACUUCAAAGCGCUGUUCAGGAACCUGUGAAACCUAUAGUGCAUCGCAGGCCUGGCCGAAAGCCUGCUCUCUCUCAGUCCAAGCAAACACUACAAGAGCCCAGAAAGCAGUCGUCAUGGAAGUACCCACAGAUGCCAGAGAAAUCCGUGAUUCCUGAGGCUCCGUUUGUGCCGAAGGUGCCGGUCCCAGCCAACUCUGUGGCUGUGAGGUGCGGAGAGGUUAACGUACUGGUGGAAGUGAACCAGGACUUCUUUGGCACUGGCCAGCUGAUUGAACCAGCUGAUAUCCGUCUUGGUGACUGUUUCAUGACUUCGGAUGACAUCUCAUCUCAGAUUCUAGUAUUUGACUCUGAACUGCACCAAUGUGGAAGCAGGCUUCAGAUGACUGAGGAUGAACUGGUGUAUACUUUCACCCUUGUGUAUGCACCUGAAGCCCUUGGUGAAACUUCUAUUGUAAGAACAAACGGCGCUGCAGUUGACAUCGAAUGCCGUUAUCCAAGGGAGCACGAUGUGAGCAGUGAUGCCCUCAGGCCAACCUGGGCCCCUUACGCUGCCAUUGAAAUUGCUGAGGAGGGCCUGGUCUUCUCCUUGAGACUCAUGACCGAUGACUGGAGGUUUGAGCGGGCACCCAAUACCUACUUCCUGGGAGACAUCCUGUACAUUGAAGCCUCCGUGACCCAGUACAGCCAUGUGCCGUUGCGUGUGUUUGCUCACUCAUGUGUGGCUACUGCAGUCCCUGAGAUGAAUGCGUUACCCAGAUAUUCAUUCAUUGAGAACCAUGGGUGUUUUGUUGAUGCCAAGCUGGCCGGCUCCAGAUCUCGCUUUCUGCCCAGGGCUCAGAAUAACAAGCUGCGGUUUGAGCUGGAGGCCUUUAGAUUUUCACCGGGAUACGGAGACGAUAUCUAUAUUACCUGCGAGCUGGUGGCAACCGCAGCCUCAACGGUUUCCAACCACAAGGCUUGCUCCUUCACUAAUGAUAGAUGGACUUCUUCUGAUGGUAUGGAUGAGACGUGUGACUGCUGUGACUCUACAUGUGGAACAGGAGGGGCUGCAGGUGGACAGUGGGACUCGAAGGCGCUCUUGGGGCCAGUAAAGGUCACCGAUGCAUACUGAAAUGUUAUGCAAAUACCUGCAUUUUAAAUAAAAAUGCCAUGAACCUA